CGUAUUAUUUCUGAGAUGUAACCAUGAUGUCCAUGGCAUUAUUAUCUGAGACUGUACACAGCAAAGGCAGGUAGUCAAAGCAAACACUCAGCUCUACUAGGAGGAUUCAUCAUGUCAGGUUCAGCUGAGAUUGAGGAACUACCAGCAACACAAACAGGGCCCAAAGGUGUGAUCCAUGACUGGAGAAAGUUCAAACUUGAGAGUGAGGACCAUGAAAGCGUCCCUUCCAACAAGAGAGAGCUCCUCAGACAAAUGUCCAACCCCAAAUCCAGUAAUGACGAAACCCGGGAAACAGUCAUCCACAAGAUGAGUGUUCAGGAGUACGAAAUGAUCAAAGAAGAGGAUGAAAGCUGUCUGCGUAAGUAUCGUAGGCAGUGCAUGCAGGAGAUGCACGAGCACCUGAGUUUUGGGCCUAAAUUCGAUGCUCUGUUUGAGUUGGAUAGUGGGGAGGCCUUCUUGGAUGUCAUUGAGAAAGAGCACCGCCUAACCCUAGUGGUUGUGCACAUCUAUGAUGAUGGGAUCAGAGGAUGUGACGCUCUCAACAACUGCUUGACUUGCCUGGCAGCAGAGUAUUCCACCGUCAAAUUCUGCCGAAUCCGAGCUUCUGCCACAGGGGCAGGUGAGCGUUUCUCAGAUGACGUUCUGCCCGCCCUGCUGGUGUACAAGGCUGGAGAGCUGCUGGGCAACUUCAUGUCUAUCACAAAGCACCUGAAUGAGGAGUUCUUCGCCAUGGAUGUAGAGAACUUCCUAAAUGAGUACGGUCUGCUGCCAGAGAAAGAGUUCGCAGCCGGCCCCGAUGAGAAUGAGAAUGCUGAUGUGGAAUAACUGAGGAAAUUCAAAGGGUGGAAAUGAAUCACAUUAGUCAACCUGUCAGACUUAUUUCAGAGCUAGAUCAAGUAAUGAUGCUGUGAAUACUGGGCCAUGACUCCAACAAACACACACACCUCAAGGCAUCUACUAGCACGUGAUUUACAGCGGUUAAAUACUUCAUAGUGUUAUCAAAGGCACACAGUCAUGCUUAUUUCAUUUGCCAGGGUACCCACAAUUUUUGACUAAUGAGUUUCCAUGAAUUUUCUAUGCCCUUGACAGUAGUUUGUGAUUACUUGAUAAGGAUUUUUUUUUUAAAUCAUUCAAAUUAAGAUCAACUCAUUCAUGAAUCAUUCUGACUGAUUUAUGAAGCAAUUCGGCUGAUUUGCAUGGGGAAGGAUGAUUUUUCAGAUCCAUAGAGAAGUUCUCCACUGUAUCGCGUCGCAGUGCUUUGGUCGACUCAAGUUUAAGUGCUGACUUCUUCUCCUUUCUCAAACCUGUUCCCCUUUCUCUUCUCAAAACUAUUAUGUCUAUAUAAGGCAAAAAUGGCCAAAAAAUUGUAUUUAAAAAGACAAGGGAAAUGAUUCAUUCACUUACAAAUUGAACCAUUUAUUAUGGUUUACAGAGAAGCUGAUGGAAUAUUUUAUUAAGGAGA